CGCAAAAGCCCGCCAACUUACGAACGGUCACACCACAAACUUUUUGAAGACUGCUACUCAAAAGCGCUCAAAAACGAUCGAUCAAAUCACCCGCUUUCAACAUGAGUUCAAAAUCCUUUUUCGAAAGUGACGAGGAUGCUGCCCAGAGCAACAAAUUGUCCAGGAAGGCGAAGGAAUCGCCCUUCAUGCUAGUGGGCAUCGCCGGAUUUGUGGCGGCCGGAGUGAUUGGAGCCUACAAGUACCGGAACCGUGGCACCAUGAGCACCAGCGUGUUCCUGAUGCAGUUGCGUGUGGCCGCCCAGGGAACCGUGGUCGCUUGCUUGACCGCCGGACUGGCCUAUUCGAUGACCAAGGAGUACAUAUUCGACAAGGCUCCCAAGGAGAACCCCAAAUCCCUGACUAACUAACUCGAUUGAAUGUUCGGACUCUCUUCAAUUUCCCCCAAACACAAUCUCGGGGCGACAUAUGGAAUCCUUAACUCUAUUUAUUGCACCCGCAUAAGCCUAGCGCCGACUUAGACGGUUAGAAUCAUUGAGGGGCUCGACUCUACCAUGUGUUGUUUGGGUCUGGGCCCCCGAGACGAAGAUAGAUAAUAUAUUGUAUACCUGCAUAUGAUUGUGAUACUGUAUGUUUUUAAUUGUACAAGAACGACAUCCAAACGAAUGCUUUCGAGGACGGUCGAAUCGAUAAAUAAAUACCUCUCGCAUGAUAUGAUAUGAUUUAAUAAAGAAAAUAGUCUAAAGAAAAA